CUCCGAACCAGUAGUUCUGGUCACAGCUCUUGUUUCCACUCUCUCUCUCUUUCUCUCUCUCUUCUCGUCUCUAGGGUUUGGUCAAUUUAGAUUCAAUUUCUUCUUAAUCUCAAUAACAUAUCUUUGUAAAUCCUCUGUUUUUGUGUUCUUCAUCUGUAACAAUUAAGAAGAAAUGGAUUCGAAUUCGUGGAUCAGCUCUCCUUCUGUGUUUUCAUCAUCGUCUUCUUUACGGCGUUACCAAUCUCGUUCAGAUUUGUGUUUGGGAGAUGUGGAAGGAGAAGAUGAUUCGAAAGCAGAGUUUAUGUGUCCGUUUUGUGCAGAUGAGUUUGAUAUUGUUGGGCUUUGUUGUCAUAUUGAUGUGAAUCAUCCUGUGGAGGCUAAGAAUGGGGUAUGUCCUGUCUGCACAAAGAGGGUGGGAUUGGACAUUGUUGGCCAUAUUACAACGCAACAUGGGAAUGUUUUUAAGGUGCAGCGAAGGAGGAGGUUGCGUAGAGGUGGAUAUAGCUCCGCCUACCUUACGCUUAAGAAAGAGCUUCGAGAAGCUAACUUACAGCCUCUUGGAGGGUCUUCCACUUUCACUCCUUCAUCCAAUAUAGAUUCUGAUCCUCUGCUCUCAUCCUUUAUGUUUAAACCCCCUCCGGCUAUACCCAUCUCUGAAGAAGACUCGGUUGCACAAGUCUCACCUAAGGACACACCUAUAAGCAACGCACGACAAGUAUCACUUUCAAACGAAGAUCAAGAGAAGGCGAAAAAGAGUGCCUUUGUUCGGAGCUUGCUUUGGUCAACCAUGCUUGAAGACAAGUUCUAAUCUCUCUAGAUAUUUUACAUUGUAAUGAUGUAUCAAGAAAUCAUACAUUAGUCUCAAUGUAUGUAGCAAAGCCUUGUAGUAUAUGUUGUAAUCAGAUGUUCCUGGGAUAUCUUGUCUAUAAUCAGUAAGAGUAUGUACUUUUCGCUA